AAUUUGCAGCUCUACGCACACUGAGCCUGCCCCUAAUCUGUGAGUGAAGGCGUAUGCGUCGGAGCAGAGAGAAGGAGAGAGCUUCGGCCUCGCUGACCUCUAUCAAUGCUUUAGAUGAAACCAAAACUCCAAGCCACACAACCUCUGCGUGAAGAUAGCUCAAGUUCUUGUUACAAAAGUAGCAACCUUGAACCUUGAUACUACAAAAAGUAGAUUCCCCUCCACAAAUGCAAGUACCCAGAUGGAGAAACGUCUUGAUACUCAGGAAUUCAUUGAUUUCGAUGACUUGUACGCCAACCCAUUUAGCGUCAUUUCAUUCUACUCCAGCUUCAUGUGAGAAGUGGAAGGACAAAUGGAACUUUGAUGUGAAGAGUUCAGAACAACCAUCAAAGAAUUUCAUCAGAUAUGCAACACGUCACAAGCGAGCUGAUGCAAAGAAAGCCCUUAAAAAUCUUCUCUUCAACAGCGGAUACUCCCCUAAACUCUCAUAUCAGCACAUUCAGGAAGAAGAUGAUUCAGGUAGCUCUCCUAAAAAUCAUAGAUCAAAAUCUUGUCGACAUGCUCAGAAAUCCCACCACAAGAAAAUGAAACGCAAACUCAAACGAGAGAGUUUCUCUGAUGAUGAAAACCAUCCUGAGACAAUCUUUCAGGCAACAUAUGGCAAGAGAUGGUACACUUGGUCUUUUAACGCACAGCGCGACUCUUUUCAUGAUUCAGCAUCUGGAUUUGAUUGGAGAGAGCCUUCAAGCUGGAAAGAUAGAAGUACAAGAUGGGAAAACAUUAGUGAUGUAGAGUCUGAUGAUGAACAAUGUACCAUAGGAUCAUGUUCUGAUAGAAAAAUUCUUGGUCUCCCUUCAACAGGUCCUUUAAAGACCGAAGAUGUUAAAAAAGCUUUCCAUUUAUCAGCUUUAAAAUGGCAUCCUGACAAGCAUCAAGGAUCUUCACAGGACAUGGCAGCAGAGAAAUUCAGACUUUGUGUUAAUGCUUACAAUUCUCUGUGCAAUGCAUUAUCUGCAACGUAAGCUGUUGCAAAAGGUUGUGGUUUGUGCAUUAACACAUUCCUCUGGGCUCAUAAUUACAAUGGAGCUUUAAUGUAUUUAUAUGAUUAAUUAUAUAUAUUUUUUCUUCAUUUAUCCA